AUGACAACCCCCACAACUGAGAGAGGCAGUGACAUGCCCAAGUCUGCGAGUGUCACAAGCCAGCAAACGGGCCAGAUGCCGGGUCUUGUCAAUGGGAUGGUGAUUGUGGAGACUUCGGUCCUGAGGGAGCGAGCGACGCGCCUGAUCGAGGCAAUGAGACAAGAGGACUCGUUGUUGGAAGAGGCCAUUCAGGGAAUAUGGAGUGAGCUUGCAGCGCUCAGAGAGCUCUGUGAUCGCCGGAUGCCGGCAUGGAGGGAGAAGCUGAAUACGAUGAAUGCCAUCGUCGAAGGCCACUUCAAAGGAGAGAGGAUCUUAACGGAAGGGGCGGAUGUGUGGGUGAUGCAGGAGAUCACAGAGCAGUAUCGGCUACUGUUGCUCAUUGGAGACGUUGAGCGAGAGGCGUAUCUGCUGCAGCAGCGCGGCCACGCUCGACCACAUCUGACUCAGCUGUAG